GGGGAUUUGGGGUGCCAUGGAGGAGGAGGGAGUCGGGGAGGGUCCCGGGCGGAGCUGCGCCAUGAGUGGGGAUGGGGGCUUGCUUCCUCCUCCCCUGGGGGCCAUCACCCUGGAGCAGCUCCAAGGGGACUUCGAGGAGGAGGAAGAGGAAGAGGAAGAAGGGUGCCAAGAGGAGGACAGGUUGCUUGCCUACUGGCAAGGGGUGGGCAGGGGACACCAGGUGGACGUCCCCCCAGACAUGGCGGAGCCGAUCCAGCAACUGACCAGGAAUAACCAGCAGCAGGACAGGGAAACAGUCCCCUUCACUGUGAUAAACCGCAAAGAGAAGUUUGGGGAACUCCUUUAUGAGAAGCGCCACUACGGGCCGUCCAAGUGGGCCUGCGUCAAUGCGCAGGAAGAGCAGUACGAGCAGAGCAUCUGCCUGGGAUUCAUGAAGAUCAUGAGAUACAUCUGUGAGCAGAACUCCUCAGGCCUGUACCUGGGGAUGACCAUCCCCAUUGUGACCGUGGUCCACACCGAGGAGGCCAUGCCGGACAUCCGGAGGCUGGUGACGGUGGCCUACCGCCUGCCCUCGGAUCUGCAGGACCGGCCCCCGGAGCCCUGCGACCCCGACAUCUCCAUCCAGGAGUGGCCCCCGGCCACCGUCUACGCCAGGGGCUUCCGAGGCGUCACAAACGAAGGCUCCAUCGCAAGAGAAAUCAACUUCCUGGCCGAACUUCUGGAGAGCCCUGAGCUGUGCGUGCGAGACACCUUCCUCGUGGCGGGCUACACCAACCCGGCGGCCGCGAAUCGCCAGAACGAAAUAUGGUUCCUUGAAAAACCCGAGGCUGCCUUUCGGCUGUGAGUCGCUGACCGGACCCCCGGGGGCCACAAGCCUGACAAACCAGCUUCCCUUCCUUUGGUGAAAUGUGAAACUCUGCAGCUCUGCUUCUAGCUCAGCUCUGGCCCUUUCUUCGUGUGUUUUGGACUUCA